UGCAGCUAGAAAUCGCAAAUUGCAUCUAAAGAGAGACACUUUGUUGGCUGCUUCUGCGAUUUAUGAUCAGCUUUAUGGAAAAGUCAAAGAUGAAGAUGGCCGCAGAUUCGUUCCAGCUACAUUUCAAAUAAUCUAUAUGGUGGGCUGGAAACCUCAUGAGUCUCAACCAAAACCUAUAGAACGCGGAUCAGGAGAAAUAUCUCUAAAAGACAUUCAUAGGAUUGAUGAGAUAGCGAAAGAAAAAAAAGGUAUUCCGAAAUGCGAAGAAAAAAGGAGCUGUGAUCGUAAAAAACAAACAAAACAAUAUAAUGAAAAACAUGAUUAUCUAAAGGGAUUAAUAGCAUAAGCAUUUUUACCCAGCUAGUUGAUUAAAGAUAAAGAAUUGAAACAGGAUUGAAAGAAAGAAUUUGACAACUACUUUGAUGUCUUCGUUGAAUAUUUUGAAGCAGAAUGGAUGUGUUAAAUGAAGUGUAUUUUUAUUGAAUUGUAUAGAAA